CCUGGCGGAGUCCUGCACGGACAUGGGCAAAGGGGCACCUACUGUGUGCAGUGUGCCCAAGGGAGAGAAGAUGGGGAGGGAGACCCGCUUCCUGUCCUCGUGGGGCUCAAGGCGGCAAAAGGAGCCACAGGCUGAGUCAAGUCCGGAACCGGCCUUCUCCCACGGAGCCUCUCCCUGGCCGGCCAGGAAGGAACCCCUGCCUCGGGCCCGGGGCUCUCAGCCAAGAACUCAGGAGGGUAGAGGGAAAAUUAUUGUUUCUCCCCUACAACCGUCUCUGUGGCCUCUUAGGAGACACCAGUCCUGUCACUCGGAGAAGGGGGCCCUGGACCCUUGCUCAGCACUGACCUUAGCUACCGACCAGAGCUGCUGGCUGUCCUGAUAGGGCAGAGAUGAGCCACCGUUCCCAAGAGGAAGGAGGGCCUCUGGCCUUGUGAGGCCAGUGGGAGUGGGAAGGGUAGGGACUGGGCUGGGGGAAGGGCCUUGGCUGAUCCUGCAAAGGAGGGCCACCCUCCAGAGCAGGCCCAGAGAAGGGGACAAGGCUGAGUCGGUACCUGAGAGAGGAGAGCGAAGAAGAGACCACAGGCCACACACCCACAGGGCAUGGCGCAGGCGGAAGGGGUCCCCUGCCCUGGGGCUGCCCCGGGCCAGCCCUGCGUGUUCAAGCUGGUGCUCUUGGGGAGCGGCUCCGUGGGCAAGUCCAGCUUGGCUCUCCGGUACGUGAAGAAUGACUUCAAGAGCAUCCUGCCCACCGUGGGAUGUGCGUUCUUCACAAAGGUGGUGGAGCUGGGUGCCGUGUCUCUGAAGUUUGAGAUCUGGGACACGGCCGGCCAGGAGAAGUACCACAGCAUCUGCCACCUGUACUUCCGGGGCGCCAACGCCGCGCUCUUGGUAUACGACAUCACCAGGAAGGAUUCCUUCUGCAAGGCCCAGCAGUGGCUGCAGGACCUCGAGCGGCAGGUCCCCGCCGGGGAGGUGGUGGUGAUGCUGGUCGGGAACAAGACGGAUCUCGGCGAGCAGCGGGAGGUGACCUUCCAGGAAGGGAAAGAGUUUGCAGAGAGCAAGAGGCUGCUGUUCAUGGAGGCCUCCGCCAAGCUAAACCACCAGGUGACCGAGGUCUUCAGCGCUCUAGCCCGGGAACUGCUGCGGAGAGAAGAGGGGAAGCAGGGCCGGCCGCAGAGGGGGGAGGCCGGUGCUGGCUCGGAGCAGGGUGCCCGUGGGGCCGGCCAGGUGCUGCGCCCAGUAGCAGGAGCCGGGCUGCCCGGGGCAUGCAGAGGACACCCCCGGGGAGCCCCUGCCACCGUCCCCGGCUCCGAGAGGUCCUGGAAGCUGGCAUCCCGGAGCGUCCCCACUCCCGAGGCCGGAGGGAAUCACUCAGGAGCGGAUCCGCGCCGAAGGCCGUCUAGGGGCGAUGGAGGGAACCGUCACCUUUUAGCGUUCGUCCGCCCUGCUCCUUGGCGCCCGGGGAAGCUGUACUUUCAAGGUCAAAAUGACCCGGCAAAACUUUUCAAAGCAGGGCCACAAUUUCUGCCCCGAGCCCACGGUGUACACUGGCCUCAUUUAAAAAAUAAUAAUAAAUUAAAAAAUAUAUAUAUAUAUAAUACCCAACAAGGAGCAUUCCCCGUAUAAAGAUAAGAAAAAAAACCACACCUCCCUAGUUCCUAUAAAGAUGAAAGUCACAGAACCUCACACACACUGGAAACGUAAGAUAAACACCUGCACCUUUCAGGAAUGUCCUUUGUCUCAACGGUUUGUGCGUAGCUCCUUAUGUAGGAGACCUAGGUGACCCUGCGCCGGAUGUUCCAUCCCGGGAGCACGCUUUGCUUUGCGGAGCUGGAGUGUUCGGGGCAGCUGUCCCCACUCGGGCUCCAAUAAAUGUCUUUUUUUUUUCCUCUUUAACAAUUUA